AGUUUCAAAAUAGAUCGUUGGCAACUCUCCGCUCCAGAAGUAGUCUCCUAUAAAUAACAGGUCGCAAGGCUGACUGACAUACACUUCCAGACUCAGCGAAGAAAGAAGCAGAAAUCAAUUCACCAUGAAAACUAUCAGUGUUGCCCUGUUGGCGUUGGUGGCCCUUUUUGCCCUGAUGGAGGUCACUGGAGCCCUGCCAGCACCCGAACCUAGCAGACGUUUCUUCUUUGGAGGAAGUCCCUAUGGCUUCGGCGGUUACGGCUACAGACCCCACGGAUUCGGCUUUGGCUACGGCGGAUACGGUGGAGGCUUUGGAGGGUUCGGUGGUGGAUUUGGUGGAUACGGUGGUGGUUUCUUCGGUUGAUAACCAUCUUGUCUUUCAAGACGAUACCGGAAUUUCGAACAUCAGUGGCCUCCAUGAACAACUUUUUGGUUGAAAAUCAUAACUGAAAGAAUGCUAGUAAAAACUAAAAGUAUAUUUUUCUAUAAAUUAUAAUAAAAAUUUCCAACUUUUAAAA